CUUAUUGCAGUGCGGUGCAGGAUCACGUGUAUGAUUUGUAUCUGAUUUUAAAUUUUUUACUUCUGUUACAUAUUUAUUAAACGAUAUGGCUGUUCGACAUCGAAUUCUAUGGUUAAUUCAUACUCUAUGCUAUGUUGCGAUAGUUCACAGCACACUAUUGGACAUAAACGAUGCUGAAUCUUGCGACUUGUUGUGUAAACAAUGUAACGUCUCCGCAAUAUUUGCAAAUGAUCGCUGUGAAUGUAAUGUUUUUAACAAUAACGAUAAAGAAGCAAAAUGCAUACAGCGUAUACAAAGAGAGAUUCAAGCUAUCGAUCUGAAUAUACUUUCUGAAGAUCUAACGGAUGAAGAGCGAGACAUACGUUCCCUUGUAAAAUCUAGACGUCGUCUCAGAAUGGGAUCGUGCCCAUAUCCAACUAUGCCUGGCGUAGAAACCCCGGUCGUCGGAAUGGUAAAUCCAAUUGUCAGCUAUGUAACAAACGGAUUGUACGACACAACAGGUCCGUUGGUGGGUUCAAUUCUGCAUCCUUUCAGGCAUGCACGUGGAUCGCCUGUUCAUCAUAAUUUUCAUAGAAGUAAUCUUCCAGGGCAAAUUUUGUACAAUCUAUUUGGCCAUCAUCGUUUAUUCUAUCCUCAUACUGUACAUCAUGGCGGUUUCAGAAACUCUAAUAAUGAAAACCCAGAGUCUGUUGGUCAACCUGCUGGUGAAAGUGAUGAUAGUUCUACUAUUUUUAAAGAUGUUCCUAUUGCUAGAAAUAAUGCUGCUAAAUCUGUUGAACAAAACGCAGUUACAAAUUUCCUAAGAUCAGCCGAACCGGCGCAUUAUCCCAUACAAACGCCGUAUAUCGUCAGCGCAAAUACAGUAUACCAACCGAUGGAAUAUCAACACUUUAAUGCCCCAUAUCAAUAUACUUCAUAUCCUAAUCCCUUGACCAACUUACUCCAUCCUAAUGAAUAUUUUGUCCAACCGGAAUAUAUUCCACAAUAUAUACCUGGUAUAUCAGAUCCGCUAAUUUCUGCAUCUAAUCCAAAUUCUUAUUGUAUUAAUACAAAUGCUGAGCAGAUAGAAAAAGCUUCAACAGAUAAAAUUGUACAUUCUAAUAAUGAGGCGAAGCAAUCUAGUAAUACAACCAAAAAUAACAUCUCUGAGAAAGAGAACAAAACAAAAAAGUGAA